AUGCGUUGGCGAGCUGCGCGAAGUACCGUUCUGCGAGUUGCAAUAUUGCCUCUGGCAAGGUGCCGGCUCACGGCCCAGUCUGCCUCCGUCUGGUUGCGCAUCUGCUCGCGCCAAACCGGGGCGCUGAAAGAAUUUGGGCUAAAACAUUCGCGCCUGCUUGGAGCAAAACGGGUCCCAAAAAGCGCGCGAAACCCUAUUAGUUCCUCCUGCAAAAGCCUCAUCCGCCUGGCCCGCCACCGUUUCAUUGCUCAACCCGCUGCGCGGUGCCCAGGAUGGGCCCCACACUCCGCAAAGCUGCGGAAGCUGCGGAAGCUGCGGAAGCCGCGCCCGGGGUGCGGGUGGUCGCGCCACGCGCCGGCAGGCGUAGCCGCCGAGGGUAAAAAACGCCACCCCGCCCCGCGACGCCUGAAAACAACGCCGCCCAAUGCUCCGCAGAAGCCGUCGUCGGCCUGCCGGAGCACGAAUUGGCAGGCUAGCGUCUCCUGCUGCGCCCCCGCGAGGCGCUGA